UUUAUUUUUUCUGCUUCCGUGUUUGAGUUGUGGACUCGAUCACGUGACUGCUGGUGCUGUCUGUUGCAGGAAGUGGAACGAAGAUGGCGGUUUCUACAAGACUGCUAACUGAAUCCGUGUUAGGGUGGUCUAUUUUCACUAUUGUACUGCUGGUUAUCCUGGCCUUCUGUUGGAUCUACAUACGAAAUUACCAGAGUCGGCAGGAGAGUGAAGUCAUCUCCACCAUUACGGCCAUAUGUGCUCUGGCCGUUGCACUUAUCACAUCAGCUCUUCUCCCAGUGGAUAUUUUUCUAGUGUCGUUCAUGAAGUAUCAGAAUGGUACAUACAAGGACUGGGCAACAAGUAAUGAAACAAGGAGGCAAAUUGAAGACACAGUCCUAUAUGGAUACUACACUCUGUACUCCAUCAUCCUCUUCUGUGUCUUCUUCUGGAUUCCAUUUGUUUACUUCUACUAUGAAGAGAAAGAUGAUAACAUCAGCAAGUGCUCGCAAGCAAAAAAUGCAGUGAAGUACACAGUUGCAUUUGUCACAAUUUGUGCUGCACUUCUUUUGAUUGGGGCCUUUGCACCAUUGCUGCCUCCACCUAAGCAGAACUCUACCCAAUGGGACAAGCUGCAAUACCUGUUCAAGGAGCUGGACAGCAGCAAUGGUGUGGUGGCGCUGUCUUUCUCCAUCAGCUCCCUGACUUUGAUUGGCAUGGUGGCAGUGAUCACAUACACAGCGUACGGCAUGUCCGUGCUACCCCUGAACCUGAUUAAAGGUACUCGCAGUGUCCUCUACGAACGCCUGGAGAACACAGAAGACAUGGGGGAGGUUGAACAACAGAUAGAGAAGCUCAAAGCCAAGUGUGAAGAUGGAAGGCCACUCUCUUUGAGAGACAGGAGGAAUCUGCAGGAGCUGGAGGCUAAGCUUUUGAUGCUGCGUCGCCGGGGCCAUCACCUCGAAAAUGCCGAUAGGAACUGCUGCACUAAAGUGAGCAGGGUCCUCCAUCCCUUUAAGAUUUUCCUUGGAGUUGUAUUCAUCCUGGUGGCACUCCUCUUCUUCAUAUCCCUGUUCAUCUCCAAUCUGGACAAAGCCCUGUAUUCAUCUGGAAUGAGCACUGGCCUUAUAAUCUUUGGAACAAACCUAACAAACCCCUUAAAUGAGCUGCUGCUGGCAUUGCAACCGGUUUUUCCUCUAGACUAUGUGUUGAUCACCGUUAUCACGAUGUACUUUGUGUUCACCUCCAUGGCAGGCAUUCGUAAUAUGGGCAUAUGGUUUUUCUGGAUAAGGUUGUACAAGAUCAGGCCGCAAAGAACCCGUCCACAGGCCCUGCUCUUCCUCUGCAUGAUCCUGCUCCUGAUUGUACUUCACACCAGCUACAUGAUCUACAGCCUUGCCCCACAGUAUGUCAUGUAUGGCAGUCAAAAAUACCUAUGGCAGGAAAACCACACCACAGCUGCCACCCCCAAGACAUGUGAUGCAGAUGCUCCGGAUGACCAGUGCACAGUGACAAGAUCUUAUCUUUUCCUCCACAAGUUUUGGUUCUUCAGCACUAUCUACUACUUUGGCAACUGGGCAUUUAUUGCAGUGUUCCUCAUUGGUAUGAUGGUGUCAUGCUGCAGAACGAAGAAGUCAGUGAUUGAGGGUGAAGUGGAGGCAGAUGAUUCUGAUUGCAGUGAUGAUGAGUAUAUGCAUUAAUAAUGAAAAAAUUAUUAAAAUGUGUUAUUUCAUUGCAUACUGCUUCUUAGUUCUAAUAUGAUUUUUUUUUGCACCAUGCUUUAUAUUUAUGGAAAACAAAAAUAGUAUUGCCAGGCAAAAUAGGUUUAGCACCUGAUUAAAUACUGCUUAUGAAAAAAGUCAUUUGAGAUCAUCUGAUAUUUAAGACUGAUUAAAUGAUGAGUUUCACUGCAUUUUAUAAAGCUAUGAAAACUAAGAGAGUGAGAUUAUUUAACUUAAUGACUUACCAAUUCUGACUAUUUUUCUUACUUGUAAUAAAGUAUUUGCAUGGAAAUAAACAUAAACAAAGGAAUGAUUGAAUGAAUACCCAUCCUUGGAUUUGGUAUUCACUUAAUGAGUAGAAAUGCUAUGCUACAGUGCCUACCAUACUGAUGUUCUUGUUACUAUCUGCUGAUGUAAUGGUUACGUUAGUUUUGUUCUGACAGAAGUUUUGUUACUUCACAUGUUUGUGUCCAGAUAUUAUGUAAAGCCCUGUCAGAAGUGUAUUUGCUGUUUUGGAAAUGAUCUUCCUUUAUUGGAUUAAAUAAAAGAUUUGAAAACUA